AGCCUUUUGUUGCAAAAAAAAUCGUUUUGUCUUUCCCCAGAAAGUUUGGUCUUUUUUAUCGAGGCAUCGAGCUUGCUGCUAUCACAUUCUCUCUUUCAAAAGACUGUGAUCGGAUCCAAGGUUCUCUAAUGGAGAACGAGAUCUGUUGCUGAUACUUGGAAGUGGUUACAGCCGUCUGAUUGGAUCGAGAUCAGAGGGAUCGAACGGCGGGGAUCGAUGCAGGCGAAUGGGGAGCAUAGGGUUCCGGUUUCGGCCGAUACGAGGGGGAAGCACCGGAUCUUCGCGGAGCUCAAGAGAUUGGAACAAGAAGCUCGAUUCUUGGAGGAAGAGCUGGAGGAGCUUGAGAGAACAGAAAGAGUAUCAGCUGCAUUAGAAGAAUUGCUACAAAGAGUGGAAAGCAAGCCAGAUCCGCUGCUACCAAUAACAACUGGGCCUACAAAUCCCACUUGGGACAGGUGGUUCGAGGGACCUCAAGAUAUGCAUGGAUGCAAAUGCUGGAUACUCUGAUACAAUAAGAACCGAGGCUUCAAAGAAAAGUUUAUUGUUUGCAAUUAUCUGUAGUGGGGACUUGAGAGGAUGAACGAAAGAGAGAUGGAGAAAGACGUGUACUUUCAAAAGGGUUGUGUUAUUUCUUGCGGCAUGUGUAAAAUUCUUUUCAAACGAACAAAGUACAAGUUUCCUGGAACGUUGAAAUUGAAAUCAUUCAUGGAAAACACAAAAGGAAUGCUUCUAUUUAUGCAACA